UUGACCAAUUUCCUGCAGGCGUACGGUUCGGGAUGCGAUAUUGUGAUUCUGGCGGACGAUUUUGAAUGUGUGCAAAUAAUUCCUGGUGCUAAGCAUGGGAACAUCCAGGUCAGCUGCGUGGAGUGCUCACAACAAGGACGGAUUGCAGCCUCAUAUGGAAAUGCGGUGUGUAUUUUUGAGCCCCUUGGAGUGAAUUCUCACAAGAGGAAUUGUCAACUGAAGUGUCAGUGGCUGAAAACAGGACAGUUUUUCCUCAGCUCUAUGACCUUCAACUUAGCAUGGGAUCCUCAAGGUAAUCGGCUGCUGACUGCAACAGAUUAUUUGCAGCUGUGGGCCCCUCCAUCCAGUGAUGUCCUAGAAGAAGAAAAGGAGGAGGAGGAGGAGGAGGGAGAGAAGGAGGAGGAAGGUGACAGUGACAUGGAUGUCAAAGAGGAUAAAGCCCAUCCUGUUCUCAGCGACUGGAAAUGCAUCUGGCAGUGCAAGACUGCCGUUUCAGUCCAUCUCAUGGAAUGGUCUCCGGAUGGUGAAUAUUUUGCAACGGCCGGGAAGGAUGAUUGCCUUUUGAAAGUCUGGUACCCGAUGACGGGCUGGAAGUCCUCCCUCCUUCCGCAAGAGAGCUGCGAUCCCAGGAAGGCCGCCACGCCUAUCCGUUUCGCCUUUGUCUACCUGGCACAUCCUCGAGCCGUGGCGGGGUUCUCGUGGCGGAAAACGAGCAAGUACAUGCCCAGGGGAUCUGUCUGCAACGUGCUGCUCACCUCCUGCCACGAUGGGAUUUGCCGGCUGUGGGCCGAGACCUUGCUUCCCGAAGACGCUCUUCUCGGGGAGCAGAUCUGCGAGACCAGCACCUCGAGCAUCAGCAGCAGCAGCAGCUUCUCCUACGCAGGGAGGCGCAAAGACCACGUCCAGCAAGCUUUGGAGACCAUCCAUCAUUUGAAAAACCUGCGCAAAGGCCAACGAAGGUCUUCUGUGCUCAUUACUCACACGGAGGAUUUGCCGGAUCAGCCAGGGACGCAUGAAGUUCAGCGCCACAUUUCGCACCAUAUGAACGCCCUCUGCCACUUCCACAUAGCGACCAGCAUUAACCCCAACACAGACAUUCCAGAGGCUUUGGUGAAGACGGCUUUUAAUUUAGAUGAAGGGAGUGAGGGCUUUGUGGUCCAUUGGCUGAAUAACAAGGAAUUCCAUUUUACCUCCUCGACUGAAAUAUUUAUGCAACACCUCCGAGAACUUACAGAUCAACAGAUGGAGAGGGCAGAAGGAGAGGCCGACGAGGAGGCCGAUGGGGAGGAGAAGGAGGACGAGAAAGAGAAAGAGAAAGAGAGAGAGAGGGGUUUACUCAUGAAGCUUGACCACGAACUGUCUCUGGAUAGGGAGUCGGAGGCAGGCACAGGAACGGGGUCCUCGGAGCACGAAGACGGGGAGCAAGAAGGCAGCCCCAAGGUCCUCACACCGGCCAGCGCCCCCAUGCCACUUCCUACCGUCCUGCUUGACCGGAAGAUUGAGUGGCUGCUGAAGGAGUGGAACAGGAACCCGGACAUGCUCUUCACCAUCCAUCCGGUGGACGGGACCUUCCUGGUGUGGCACGUGAAGUACCUGGACGAGUACAACCCCGGAAUCUUCCGGCAAGUCCAGGUUUCAUUUGCAUCUCAGAUUCCAGUUGCGUUUCCGUCGGGCGACGCAAGCUCUCUCAGUAAGAACAUCAUGAUGUACGCUUGCACCCCCUCGGCGCAAGACGUUGGAGAUGCCCAGGGACAGAAGAGAGCCAGCCUUUCGGGCAGCUUGUCCGGGUGGCGGCCGGGCUGCUCCCAAGACAGCUUCAACAUGAACCUCACCACCGCAACCGUCAUGAUGAUUUCCAAGCACAUUGACGGCUCCCUCAACCAGUGGGCAGUUUCAUUCGCCGACCGAUCGGCGUUCACCACGGUGCAGACGGUGACCCACAAGUUCAGGUAUUGCGGGCACCGCUUCCACCUGAACGACCUGGCUUGCCAUUCGGUGCUGCCUCUCCUGCUGACCUCCUCCCACCAUAACGCCCUCCUGACCCCAGAGUCGGACCAGCCGUGGGACUCUGUGACGAAAACGAUGGAUCCCGCGCGGCUCCUGAGAGGGUCGUCCCAUCAGCAGCUCAGAAACGCAGCGACCCGCACCUUCCACGACCCCAACGCCAUCUACAGUGAACUGAUUCUGUGGCGCGUAGACCCAAUCGGGCCUCUGUCCUACACGGGGGGAGUCUCGGAACUGGCUCGCAUCAAUUCCCUCCAUACCUCAGCCUUCUCUAACGUGGCCUGGCUCCCGACUCUGAUUCCCAGCUAUUGCCUUGGUACGUACUGCAAUUCUGCCAGCGCCUGCUUCGUGGCAUCGGAUGGCAAAAACCUGAGAUUAUACCAAGCCGUGGUGGAUGCCCGGAAGCUGCUGGAUGAGCUGAGUGACCCUGUCUCCUCUAAGCUCAUUGGUGAAGUGUUUAACAUUGUGAGUCAGCAGUCAACGGCUCGUCCGGGGUGCAUUAUUGAACUGGAUGCCAUAACCGAUCAGUGCGGGUCGAACACACAGUUGCUUCACGUCUUCCAAGAGGACUUCAUUUUGGGAUAUAAACCGCAUAAGGAAGAUGGGGGGCAGAAGGAAGCAGAGAUAUUUUUCCAGCCGUCUAAAGGCUAUCGUCCACCCCCUUUCUCCGAAAAGUUUUAUCUCGUUGUAAUUGAAAAAGACGCAAGUGGCUGCUCCAUCCUUCACAUGUGGCAUUUGCACCUUAAAUCCGUGCAGGCCUGUUUAGCAAAGCCUCUCGAAGCACCGCCCUCCGGACCUCACCUAGGCUUACCUGGGCAACAGAUGGCGGACUCCUCUCCAGAAACCUCUCCCAGCACAUCUCCAAUGCCUCGUUCUGCGUCCAUUGCCAAUCUUCAGACCGCUAGCAAACUUAUUUUGAGUUCUAAGCUGGUUUAUAGUUACCCAUUGGAUCUUCCACCUGGGGUAGAGGUUAUACGAGCUACUCCCUCUGCAGGACACCUCAGCUCCUCCUCCAUUUACCCGGUCUGCCUCGCGCCUUACUUGCUGGUGACGUCCUGCUCAGAUAACACUGUGCGGUUCUGGAGGUGUUCAGUCGAGACCGUCGUGAGCAGCAGAGGGGAAGCGAAGGAGACUUACCACUGGAAGAAAUGGCCUUUGAUGAACGAUGAGAGGGAGGACGACAGCAGCACCGUCUCCAUCGUGGGCCGGCCAGUGGCCGUCAGCUGUUCCUACACGGGCCGCUUGGCCGUGGCCUACAAGCAGCCCGUCCACCACAACGGCUUUGUUUCCAAAGAAUUUUCUAUGCACGUGUGUAUUUUUGAGUGUGAAUCUACCGGAGGAUCAGAAUGGGUUUUGGAACAGACGAUCCAUCUGGAUGAUCUCGUUAAAGUUGGGAGCGUCCUUGACUCCAGAGUUAGUGUAGACAGUAACUUAUUUGUAUAUAGCAAGUCCGAUGUCUUUUUGAACAGGGACCGAUACGCCCUGCCCAAUAUCAAGCACCUCGUUCACUUGGACUGGGUGUCGAAAGAAGACGGCUCCCAUAUCCUUACAGUCGGCGUGGGUGCAAAUAUAUUCAUGUACGGCCGGCUUUCGGGGAUCGUGACGGAACAAACCAGCAGCAAAGAUGGCGUAGCUGUCAUUACUUUACCACUAGGGGGCAGCAUCAAGCAAGGCAUCAAGUCGAAAUGGGUCCUUCUUCGGUCCAUAGACUUGGUUUCUUCGGUGGACGGAACCCCUUCGCUGCCCGUCUCUCUUUCGUGGGUCAGAGACGGGAUUCUGGUGGUGGGGAUGGACUGCGAAAUGCACGUCUAUGCGCAGUGGAAGCAUGCCGCCAGAUCGGGAGACGGUGAAAAUGGUGCUUUUCUGGGAGAUGUUUCCCCCGUUCAAGACUCUGCGAAGGCUAGUUUGUUGUCCAAAAAAACCAGUGUCGUUGACGGAGCAGGUAUCGUGGAUGAUGUGUUCGGGACGCCCACAGUGGUCCAAGACGGAGGCCUUUUCGAAGCCGCUCACUUCCUUUCGCCAACCCUCCCACAAUACCACCCGACCCAGCUGUUGGAGCUGAUGGACUUAGGCAAAGUCCGCCGAGCGAAAGCCAUCCUUUCCCACUUGGUCAAAUGCAUUGCGGGGGAAGUGGCCGUGGUGAAAGACCCGGAAGCUGCCGACGGCGGCUCCAAGCGCCACCUUUCACGGACGAUUAGUGUCAGCGGGAGCACGGCCAAGGAUGUGGUCACUGCCGGAAAGGACGGCAACCGGGACUACACGGAGAUCGAUUCCAUUCCUCCAUUGCCUUUAUAUGCCCUCCUGGCAGCAGACCACGAUACGACGUACAAAACCGAGGAAACCACCAAGAAGCCCCAAGGUUCAGAAGAGCACACUCAGCGGAAGACCGAGGAUCAUUACUUGGACCUUUUCCAGGUCCAGCAGGUGACCACGGAUGACUUCAUGGAUUUUGAGCUGGAGAAGAGAGAGCAUAAAUCCAAAGUGAUCAAUCUCUCUCAAUACGGGCCGACGUACUUCGGCCAAGAACAUGCCAGUGUCCUUUCAAGCCAUCUCAUGCACUCCAGUUUGCCAGGGCUCACGCGCCUCGAGCAGAUGUUCUUGGUUGCCUUGGCCGACACGGUGGCCACCACCAGCACGGAACUGGACGAAAAUAGAGACAAGCAUUACUCAGGGAGAGAGACUUUAGAUGAAUGUGGCUUGCGGUAUCUAUUAGCUAUGCGUUUACAUACAUGCCUUCUGACAUCACUUCCGCCUCUGUAUCGUGUUCAGCUCCUCCAUCAAGGUAUUUCUACUUGCCACUUUGCCUGGGCUUUUCAUUCUGAGGCAGAAGAAGAGUUAAUCAACAUGAUCCCUGCGAUUCAAAGAGGCGAUCCACAGUGGUCAGAGCUCAGAGCGAUGGGGAUCGGCUGGUGGGUCAGAAACAUUAACACUCUUCGGAGGUGCAUGGAAAAGGUUGCAAAAGCAGCCUUUCAGCGGAACAGUGACGCCCUGGAUGCGGCCCUUUUUUACCUUGCAAUGAAGAAAAAAGCCGUUGUGUGGGGGCUGUUCCGAUCUCAGCAUGAUGAGAAAAUGACACAGUUCUUCAGCCAUAAUUUCAGUGAAGACAGAUGGCGCAAAGCGGCUUUGAAAAAUGCAUUUUCUCUGCUGGGGAAGCAACGCUUCGAACAGUCAGCGGCUUUCUUCCUCUUAGCGGGCUCUUUAAAGGAUGCCAUAGAGGUGUGCCUUGAGAAAAUGGAGGACAUCCAGCUGGCUAUGAUUAUUGCCCGGUUAUACGAAUCAGAAUUUGAGAUUUCCGCCACUUACACUUCCAUCCUUUAUGAGAAGAUUUUGGGCUGUGAGAAAGAUGGAACCGGGUUCAGCUGUGCUAAACUCCACCCUGACCCCUUCUUGCGAAGUCUCGCCUACUGGGUCGUGAAAGAGUACACGAGGGCGCUGGACACGUUACUGGAGCAAACGCCGAAGGAAGAAGAUGAAAACCCAGUCAUCGUCAAAUCCUGCAAUCCGGUGGUGUUCAGCUUCUACAACUACCUCCGAACCCACCCCUUGCUCAUCCGAAGGAAUUUUUGCCUCCCCGAUGGGACGCUGGCGACCUUAGGGCUGCAAGCCGAGAAAGCCUUUGUGGACAAAAUCAACCUCAUUGAGAGGAAGCUUUUUUUCACGACCGCCAAUGCGCACUUUAAAGUGGGGUGCCCAGUUUUGGCUCUCGAGGUCCUGUCCAAGCUUCCCAGAAUAAGCAGCCCGUCCCACGUUUCCCUCAAGAAGGAGGGAGCCACCCCGAGCCCCACGUUGCAGAACGGGGUGGUGGCGGAGCCCAGGUCUUUCAGCGAAAGCCGUGCCGUCGACUGGGCACAGCCGGCAUUGACGGCAUCGGAUUCACUAAACCAGGCCGAUUCUGCAUCCUUAAUUGACUGGAGUAAGCCGGCGAUCGUGUUGGAGGACGAGCCGCUGACCCUCGACUGGGGAGACGACAAGAGCGGCUCUCAGGAAGACGAGGAGGAGGAGGAGGAGGAGGGUGGCUUGGUCAUGAAGGAGUCGAAACUGGAAGCGGGAGGUAGGAAAGAGGACGAGAGAAGCCCGGACGCCAGUCAAGGCGAGGACCUGGAGGCAGAAGAGACCGAGGUGGACGUGAUUGCUGAGCAGCUGAAGUUCCGAGCCUGCCUCAAAAUCCUCAUGACCGAACUUAGGACGUUGGCGACCGGCUACGAGGUCGACGGUGGGAAGCUCCGCUUCCAGCUGUACAACUGGCUGGAGAAGGAGAUUGCGGCUCUGCACGAAGUCUGCAACCACGAAGCCCGGGGGAAAGACGGCUGCAAGGCGGACGGACGGAUCAACGGAGACCUGCUGGAUCACGACAGAAUGGCCGACAAGCCCGAGGUGGGCUCGUACGAGCGGCAUCAGAUGGAGCGGCGCCGGCUGCAAGCGAAGCGGGAGCAUGCCGAGCGGCGCAAGUGGUGGCUGCAGAAGAACCAGGCUCUGCUGAGAGUCUUCCUCAGCUACUGCAGCCUCCACGGGGCGCAAGGUGGGGGGCUGGCCUCCGUGCGGAUGGAACUGAAGUUCCUCUUGCAAGAAUCCCAGCAGGAAACCACCGUCAAGCAGCUCCAGUCCCCCCUUCCGUUGCCCACCACCCUGCCUUUGCUCUCGGCAAGCAUUGCAUCCACCAAAACGGUGAUAGCCAACCCGGUCCUCUACUUAAACAACCACGUCCACGAUAUCCUUCAUACCAUUGUCCAGAUGAAGACCCCACCCCAUCCUCACAUUGAGGAUGCCAAGGUGCAUACUCUGUACUCCUUGGCUGCUUCCCUUUCUGCCUCUAUCUACCAAGCCUUGUGUGACAGUCACAGCUACAGCCAGACAGACGCCAACCAGUUUACGGGGAUGGUUUACCAAGGACUGCUGCUGAGCGAUCGUCGCCGGCUGAGGACAGAAAGCAUCGAAGAACACGCAACGCCGAAUUCGUUGCCUGCUCAGUGGCCUGGGGUGAGCUGCCUGAUCAAUCUCUUGAGCACGGCACAGGAUGAGGACCAGCCGAAGCUGAACGUCUUGCUCUGCGAAGCGGUCGUCGCCGUCUACCUGAGCCUCUUGAUCCAGGCCCUCGCCACGAACGCCUGCAAUGAGCUCUUCCGCCUGGCCGCUCACCCUCUGAACAGCCGGAUGUGGGCGGCCGUCUUCGGGGGUGGGGCCAAGCUGGUGAUCAAACCCAGACGGCAGUCGGAAAGUAUUCCAGUAGCAGAUGCUGUCUCUGAUGAUGCAAAGGACAUUAAUGAAGCCCCUCCCGUUCCUUCCGAGGAAAUGGAUAAACACCGCCGUCGGUUCAACAUGAGGAUGUUAGUCCCGGGGAGGCCCGUGAAGGACAGCGUCCCCCCGCCCGUGCCAGCCGAGAGGCCUUCGUACAAAGAGAAAUUCAUCCCUCCCGAACUCAGCAUGUUGGAUUAUUUCAUCGCAAAGCCAUUCCUUCCUUUUUCAGACAGUGGUGUGAUCUACGACUCUGAUGAAAGCAUCCAUAGUGAGGAUGAGGACGAUGAGGAUGCUUUCCUCUCGGAUACGCAGAUCCUGGAGCACAAGGACCCCAACUCUUACAGCUGGGCGCUCAUCCACUUGGCGAUGGUCAAGCUCGCUCUGAACAACGUGAAGAAUUUUUUCCCCAUUACAGGGUUAGAGAUAUCAGAGCUCCCGGUGAAAUCGCCGCUGGGCAUUGCCGUCAUCAGGAACCUAGAAAACUGGGAGCGGAUCCUGCAAGAGAGGGUGGACCGGUUUGAGGGGCCCCCUCCCAAUUACGUCAAUACCUGUUUCCCUGAAUCUGCCGCAGGAGGAGCUGCAGCUGCUGCUGCCCGGAUAAAAGCCAUGGUUGACCCCGAGAACACCCCAUUCAGAUCCAAAGAUUAUUCGGCACUGCCGGCUAAAAGGUUGUGGCAUUUCCUGGUCAAGCAAGAACUGCUGCGGGACGCCUUCAUCCGUUACAUCUUCACCAGGAAGAGGAAGCAAAGUGAGUCUGUAGAAGACCGUGUGGAGCAGAGCACACAAAACAGCCUAGCAGCCAGCAAAAACAAGGUAGAGGCAGAACUCGGCUACCCUGGAGGCCGAGCGAAAAUCAUUCACAAGGAGUCGGAUAUGAUCAUGGCAUUCGCCGUGAACAAGGCCAACGUCAAUGAGAUCGUUUUAGCUUCGACCCACGACGUUCAAGAACUGGACGUCUCCGCCCUCUUGGCUGCCCAGCCGUAUAUCUGGAUCGGGGAAGAGUACGACCGAGAAUCUAAAAGUUCAGAUGACGUCGACUUCCGUGGUUCCACCACCACACUCACGCAGUCGAGCGCCGGGUCCUUUGCCGUGGCACAAAUGCAGCCUGUCUCGCUGUCGUCCGCCUCUUCUAUGCCGUGGUUAGGCAGCGGGCAAACAAGCACUGGGGCUGGCGUGCUCAUCAAGCGGAAUCUGAACAACGUGAAAAGGAUGACCUCCCAUCCGGUCCACCAGUAUUACCUUACUGGUGCCCAGGAUGGGAGCGUCCGCAUGUUCGAAUGGACCCGGCCGCAGCAGCUGGUGUGCUUCCGUCAAGCCGGCAAUGCCAGGGUGACUCGGCUGUACUUUAAUUCUCAGGGCAACAAGUGUGGCGUAGCUGAUGGAGAGGGCUACUUAAGCAUUUGGCAAGUGAACCAGGCAGCAAGUAACCCUAAGCCCUAUUUGAGCUGGCCGUGCCACAGCAAAACCACCAGUGACUUUGCGUUCAUCACCUCGUCAAGCCUCGUGGCCACUUCGGGGCAGUCCAGCGACCAUCGAAAUGUGUGUCUGUGGGACACCUUAGUGUCGCCCUCUAACAACCUCAUACAUGCCUUCACUUGCCACGACCACGGGGCGACGGUGCUGCAGUACGCCCCGAAGCACCAGCUGCUGAUCUCCGGGGGCCGGAAGGGGCAGGUGGCCGUCUUCGACAUCCGGCAGAGGCAGGCCCUCCACACCUUCCAGGCCCACGACUCCUCCGUCAAAGCCCUGGCCUUGGACGCCUCGGAGGAGUGCUUUUGUACAGGCUCUGCAGAAGGCAACGUGAAGGUGUGGAGGCUGACCAGCUACGGCUUGAUCCACUCCUUCAAACACGAGCACGCUAAGCAGUCCAUCUUCCGGAACCUCAGCACGGGCGUCAUGCAGAUCGAACUGGCCCCAGGCAACCGCCUCUUCUCCUGUGGAGCGGAUGGCACGCUCAAGAUGCGCGUCCUGCCGAACGCAUUCAACAUCCCUUCCAGCCUUUGCGAUAUCCUGUAACGCUUCGCUCGGAGUCCUGCGGCAGGCGCUCCCUGCGCCAGACGGGGGUUCCCGCCCUCGGAGGGGGACGUGGCAGGCGCCUUUGGGAGAAAGAAGGAAGGAAGGCCCCUCCACUUAGCUGUCCCAAGUAAUUUAUUGCGGCGUUUUAAUGCUAGAGUUGAAAUUUCACUGGAAGAGCAGUGUCUUCCCCUUCUUCACCACCACCGCAAAACCCCUUACGCACCUUUGUGUUGAUUUGAACCCUGCACCGGCGGGUUGGCAGGAUGGACGUGCAUGCCCUCGAUCGGAGCUGACCAUCCCAAGGGGGGGGGAAUAUGGCGAUGGCCGUCCCUCCUCGGUGCUCCCCGCACACACACCCCAGGGCCUUGUCCACAUAACGGAGCACUCUGUGGCUUACCGUCCCGCCAUCCGUGGCAGACACCUGAAGGCAGCCAGGGGUUUUUUUGACCUACGAUCGGGAGACUUUUCCAAAUCCUUGUUACUGAAUCAAAGCAUGUCUCCAUUUUUCCCCCCUCUGUUUUCAAAAUAAGUCUCAAUUAAUGAAGGGUAUUCCCAGUGAGUGUGAUUUUAUGUUGUUGUUUAUUAAGAAUCACUGUUGACAUUAUAUUAUUAUUAUUAUUAAUAUUAUUAUUAUUAUUAUUAUUAUUUGGGUUCAUACCACUACGAAAAUGUGACGCCCACACAGCCCGUGGACUUUUGUGCAAUGAGGAAUGUACUGUAGGGUAAAUGUGUUAUUUCUAUGAUGCUGAAACAUUUCCCCACUUCCUUCUAAACUUAGUGUUCAAGCAGUCAGUCUCAGAAAUUGCCCAGAAAAGCACAUUUUCCUCUGAGCCUGAGGAGUUUUCCUUAUAUUGCCUGCACUUUAUGCUUUUUUCAAAAUAAUGUUUUCGGGCCGGAGGCUAUUGGACAAAGGAGGGACAUGGAAGGCUGGGGCUGAGUCUUUCCCUUUCUGGACCGGCCGGGCCCAGGAUAUAAGCUGCGUAAUGGCAUCCGGGGGGGGUGGGGGUGGGGGUUUCAUUUCUCGGAGGCAAGCGAGAGUUUUCACAGGGCCUUUCCUUUUGUGCAUCAGUCAUUCCCUUCCUUCUGUUCAAAGGCCGGGCUUGGCCUUCCGUCCCUCCCUCCCUCCCUGGCCAUUUAUUUUGACUCCUGCCUUUGCACUAGGAAUGUAUUGUGUGCAGUGAGCCAACUGGAGCCCUAUUUCCAGUCAUCCUCUUAAGGUUUUUAAUUUCAUUUUAUUUUCCUUCCAAAAAUAAAAAACCAAGAAGAAAAAAAAGACCCGACAGAGAAACUGCAUUCAUGAAAAGCUCUAGAAAAAAAAGCCCCAUACGAUGCCACAUUUUCAGAUGAAUGUCAGGCUUCCAUGUGGCCAGCUAGUCAAAUAGUUGACAAAACUUGGUAAUCUAAACUGUUUCCGCAGCAUACUGUAUAAACUAUGCAGAGGUCAGUAUUGUUUGCUUGUAAAAUAACCGGCUCUUGUUUGUCAUCUUUAGAUGUAUUUUUCUCUGUUAUAAACAGGAAGACGUGGUCUUACUUACGAUAA